AUGGACAUCCUUAUGGUAUUAUUACUCGUUGUUGUUACACAAGCUGAGACGAAUACUGGAAGUUGUAAGGAGAUGUUACAGGGUUAUCUAACAGGACAAUUAUCGUCUGCUCUAGGAGCAUACCAAGUAGAAGCGUUAAGGAAAGAAUUCAAAAGUUUUACCGACGUCAUCGAAAAAUCCAUGAGGGAGUUUAAGGAAAACAUGAAGUCUGAAGAAAAGAUACGUUAUACUGGAGGCUCUCAUUAUACCCACAAAGGAGCCGCUGUAGAACCUCUUUGUUUACCGAAAAAUCCAGAGUGGGGGUUGUACAAUGAUGGGUAUAAUGGAGCCAAUAAUUACGUUUAUGGUGCAGAAUAUGAAACAGGUGAAUUUACAGGCUACAUUAAAACAAUUGAAGAUCACGAUGUUCCAUGUGUCGUUUGUCUGGUUCGACGAAAAUCCGUUGUUAAGAUGUUUCCAGCAAGAAAAACAUGUUACAACGGAUGGACAUUGGAAUACCAUGGUUACCUUAUGGCGGGUUAUCAUAAUCAUAAUGCUGGAACAACAUACACUUGCAUUGACCAUCAUCCAGACACCUUACAUGGUGGUUCUACCAGUAAAUAUGGAAGACUGUUCUAUCCAGUUGAGGCAGCAUGUGGUUCCUUGAAGUGCCCUCCUUAUGUUGCAGGGAAAGAACUUGUAUUUCCAUGGACAAUGGGAAUCUUGAUUUUGGUAUUGCUCUUUGCUGCUACACAAGCUGAGACAAACGCCGGAAGUUGUAAAGACAUGUUACAGGGUUAUCUGACAGGACAACUAUCGUCCGCUCUUGGAGCGUACAAAGUAGAGGCUCUCAGGCGGGAAUUCAAAAGUUUUACUGGCGUCAUCGAGAAAUCAAUAAAAGAGUUUAAAGAAAACGUGAAGUCUGAAUUAAAGACACACACCAGUAACAGUAGUGUAGUUUACACCAGAUGGGGAAAGAAAACAUGUCCCUCCAAUGCAGAGUUAGUCCAUUCAGGGUUUACUGGAGGCUCUUAUCAUAAUCACAAAGGAGCUGCUGUAGAGCCUCUCUGUUUACCGAGGAAUCCAGAGUGGGGGAUGUACACUGAUGGGCAUGAUGGAUACAGAAAUUACAUUCAUGGUGCGGAAUAUGAGUCUGGUUCUUUUAGGGGUUACAUGAAAAAAGUUCAUAAUAACGAUGUUCCGUGUGCUGUUUGUCUUGUGCGCCAAAGAUCUGUCAUUAAUAUGUUUCCAGCGAGAAAAACGUGUUACAAAGGAUGGACAUUGGAAUACCAUGGUUACCUAAUGGCGGGGUAUUAUGAUCAUCCAGCUGGAACAACCUACACCUGUGUUGAUAGUCGUCCUGACACCUUAGCUGGGGGCUCUGUGGGUAAAGAUGGUAAACUCUUUUACAUGGUAGAGGCUACAUGCAACCCCUUGAAGUGCCCUCCUUAUGUAGAAGGAAGAGAACUAACAAUGACUAUCCUUGUGCUGUUGUUCCUCGUUUCUGUGACACAAGCUGAGACAAACACCGGAAGUUGUAAAGACAUGUUACAGGACAUCAGUAACAGCAGUGUAGUUUACACAAGGUGGGGAAAGAAAACUUGUCCAUCCAAUGCCGAGUUAGUCCAUUCAGGGUUUACUGGAGGCUCUUUUUAUACACACAACGGGGCAGCUGUAGAACCUCUUUGUUUACCGAGGAAUCGAGAGUGGGGACUGUACAGUGAUGGGCACGAUGGACCAAAGAAUUACAUUCAUGGUGCAGAAUAUGAGACUAAUUCAUUUAAGGGUUACAUGAAAACAGUUCAUGAUCACGAUGUUACUUGUGUUGUUUGUCUGGUUCGCCAAAGGUCCGUUGUUCAAUUGUUUCCAGCAAGAAAAACGUGUUACAAAGGAUGGACAUUGGAAUACCAUGGAUACCUUAUGGCGGGGUAUUAUGGUCAUGAUGCUGGAACAACCUUCACCUGUGUUGAGAGUCAUCCAGACACCUUACACGGUGGUUCUAAAAGUAAACGAUGUUAUCUCCUGUACCUGGUAGAGGCUACAUGUGGCUCACUUAAGUGUCCACCAUAUGUAGAGGGAAGAGAAAUUGUGUGUGCAGUUUGUUCUAAAAAAUAA